AUGACCAAAGACUCAGUGUUGUCCUCGAUCACCAACAAGAAACCGAUCAUUGCACUCGAUUGUGAUGGUGUUCUCCUCGAUCACCAUGCAGCUUUUGCUCAAAUCUACGAAAAAACAUUUGGAAAACAAUUAACUGUUGUUUCACCUAACUCUUUAUUUUCUGCUAAUAUGUACGGUGUUCAAUUUACACCAGAGGAAAAAUGUCAGUUCUAUGCAGUAUGGGAUGAUAUUGCAUGGCGAACAAUGCCUAUGCUUGAUGGAGCCCUCCAGGCGUGUCUCCUGUUGCAUCAAGUAGGCUAUGAACUUGUUUGUGUCACGGCUAUGCCACCAGCAUUUACUGAACAUCGUUUGGAGAACUUUCGCUUAUAUGGAUUUCCGAUCGAUCGAGUGAUCAGUACGGAUUACGACAGAAUAAAUCCGAGCAACAAUCCAAAAAAGCAAACUAUUGAAGAGCUACAUCCGGUGGUAUUUGUCGAUGACAAGAAGCGAAAUUUCAAAAAUAUCCAAGGUGUACAUACCAGAUUUGUCUAUAUCGAUCGCCAAUGCCACGAUGAUCCCGAAAAAAAUGAAAAUAUCUACUACGAUGUCAAAUAUCCAAGUCUUUUGGCUUUUGUCAAUGACUUUCUUCAAACCAAACAUGGACAAGAAAUUGCUUGGACCGAAAGACCCACUUCUCUUCUUCUAUCUACUUCGUAA